CAGACUUCGCCGGUUCGACCUCUUCACUCCUUCCUCCCUCUCUCCGUCUCCUCUAUCUUGCACUCAUUGCCACUUCCUUCCUUUGUUCCCCACCCCCAUCGACCACUACGCACUCGCCUUCUGCCCAACCACCGAGUGCAAGCAGCGUCAACGGGCGAUGGUGCAAUCCCUGGCUAGUGGCAAUGAUGAAGGUGGCAGGUCCUGGAAUUCACAUCCGACGCCCGGCCACCUCUUACCAAAUCCCGCAUCAUAUCUGGCAAAAAGCUAUGUAUAAAAGUCCUGAUGCCAUCCUGCACCAGGGCCGAUCUAUCACUCCUUUCUCUUUGAUCCUGAAAAACAUGGACACGUUGCAGUUUAGAAAUCGCUUGGACAAACGGGCACGCCGAGGCGAGCGGCUGUCAGACGAAGAAAUCGAGUUCAUUACGAACAAAAGCGCCGAGCUGGCAGAUGCGCCUACUGAAGAGAAUGACCGCGUUCACCCCGACCAAGUUGCCUGGGCUGUCAGGGCGCACCACGCCUUAAGCAAGCCUGCCAACGAGAUCAACGAGCAGGACGCAAGCGAGGUGAUGUCAAAAGAGAGCCGAGCUUUUGACAAGCUCCCAGCAACCGGAUCAGUGGCAUCCCAUGUGCAGUCAGCGGGGCAAAAAAAUACUUCUAAUACUGGUGGGGGCUAGAUACGACCAAGAAAUGCUAUUGCACACACACACACAUACACGCAAAUCGUCAUGUUUUGUAUGCAUACGGGGACAGUAAUCAAUAGUGCUGUCAAGAACGUGAGCUGGUGCGCGAUUCUCAGUGCCCUCGAAGUGCUAAUAGAAGCGGCGCUAGUAUUCGUUGUACAACCAAAGCAUUUUCUCUUAUAUGGGUUUCAAUAUCUAGUCGAAAAAAUGCAUAUAGAUCGCUUGAUCCUCCAAAAGAAGAUAGUCUAUUCUAUCCAGAAC